UAGCCUCUUUGAGUGGUGCUGAUGUGUGUUUGUGUAAAAUAUUGGAAGUGGUGCAGUGCCAGCAGUCAUACCCGUUUGGGUCUUUGGCAGUGCGGGGCCAGGGAGGUAGGUGUGCCAGGUGCUGUGAUAUUAUAAGCUGAAGACACUGACUGAAGCCAGAGUAGGGGCUCCUCACCAUGGCCUCUCAGCCCGUGUAUUCAGGAGCCAGAAUAUUGGGGCGUUGGUCUCUGAAUGCAGAGGGCAGUGGGAGCAGUGAGGAGGCUUUGGACCGGCUCCUGCUGCCCGUUAGCGCCCCCCGCAGGAAGAGCAGCAGCCUGGGCACACCGGAGCCGCCCCUCCUGCGCACCAGCACCAGAACCAUCUACACCGCCGGCCGGCCGCCGUGGUACAACCAGCAGGGCGCUCAGUCCAAGGACGCCUUCGUCAUCGGACUCUGUGGUGGCAGUGCUUCAGGGAAGACCACAGUGGCCAAUAAGAUCAUUGAGGCUUUGGGUGUACCUUGGGUGGUGUUGCUGUCCAUGGACUCCUUCUACAAGGUUCUCUCUCCAGAAGAGGAGGCACUGGCUGCUAGUAAUGACUACAAUUUUGACCACCCGAAUGCCUUUGACUUUGACCUGCUGGUGCAGACCAUUCGCAAGCUCAAACAGGGCAAGAGUGUGAAGAUACCGAUGUAUGACUUCACCACACAUGGCCGACAGAAAGAGUGGAAAAACGUAUAUGGGGCCAGCGUUAUUAUUUUUGAAGGAAUCAUGUCUUUUUCAGAUAAGGAAUUAUUGCAGCUCCUGGACAUGAAGAUCUUUGUAGACGCGGACUCUGACAUCCGAUUGGUCCGCAGGCUACGCAGAGAUAUUACAGAGAGGGGGCGAGACAUUGAGGGCGUUAUCAAACAGUACAACAAGUCUGUGAAACCUGCCUUUGAGCAGUACAUCGAACCAACCAUGCGCUUGGCUGAUAUCGUAGUGCCACGUGGGGGUGAUAACAUGGUGGCCAUUGACCUGAUUGUGCAGCAUGUCCAUAGCCAGCUGGAGGAGCGGGAGCUCAGCGUCAGGUCAGUCCUGGCCUCUGCUCACCAGGCCCAGCCUCUUCCUCAGACUCUCAGUGUGCUGGAGAACACGCCUCAGGUCAGGGGCAUGCACACCUUCCUCAGGGAUAAGGAAACCACCCGUGAUGAGUUUAUCUUUUACUCCAAGAGACUGAUGCGCCUGCUAAUUGAGCAUGCUCUUUCUUUCCUGCCCUCCCAGACCAGCACAGUGCAGACUCCACAGGGUCAGGACUAUGAGGGGCGGCGCUUCUGUGGGAAGGGGAUUACGGGCGUGUCCAUCCUCCGUGCAGGAGAAACCAUGGAACCUGCCCUCAGGGCUGUCUGCAAGGAUUGCAGGAUUGGAAAAAUCCUGAUUCAGACGAAUCAGGACUCAGGAGAACCGGAGCUGCACUACCUGCGCCUGCCCAAAGACAUCAGCGAGGAUCACGUCAUCCUGAUGGACUGCACAGUGUCCACUGGCGCUGCCGCCAUGAUGGCUCUGCGUGUUUUACUGGACCAUGACGUGGAAGAGGGCAGGAUCCUGCUGGUGUCUCUGCUGAUGGCGGAGAUGGGGGUGCACUCAGUGGCCUACGCCUUCCCCCAGGUCAAGAUCAUCACCACCGCCAUCGACAAGAGCGUGGACGAGCUCUUCCACAUCAUCCCUGGCAUGGGGAAUUUUGGGGAUCGCUAUUUUGGUACGGACGCCCUGCCAGACAGGAGUGAUGAGGAGGGGCUUGGUGAGGCCAGUUACUGACAGCAGAAGGAUCCAAGGGCAACGAAUCAAAGCGCAGAAUGCAGGGACGUCCCCCCAUUCCCUUUGCCUCUCCAGCCAAUACAGUCUCAGAGAUUCGUAUAGAGACCCAGGACUUUAGCCCCCCAGCCACAGACUGCUCCCUGAACACAGCAGUACAGCUACAACAGGAACUCCUUAUCAGCACACCAUGACAGCCAUGCUUAUAAAACAUGUUAAUAGAUUAGUGCAGCUGUUUACAUGUGUUGAUACAUAUGUAUGUUUUACAUGUGUACAUAUGUUUGAUUAGAGGAAGGAUUUUUCAAAAAAUGAGUGAAAUGGGGAAAAGUGUGAAAUGGGGAACAAAAUACUUUUAUUUUUGUUUUAUUUAUUUAUUUAUAUAUUUUUGAAUAUUUGUGAAAAUAGUAUGUGUAUGAAAUACAAUAUUGACUUGGUGCAACAUUUUUAAUAUGACAGAAUGUGUCCAUAUAGUGUCCACUGGAUUUGAAUACCGUAUCAACAAACAAUGAAAAAGCCUUUUAUAUAGUUUCUUUUUAAUAUUUAAUGUGUUCUGUGUUAAUAACUGUUCGCAUAGAGUUUCAUAUUAAUGAAUACCUCAUAUGAACCUAGCAAAUGAAAUACAACAGUUGUUUGUGAGUAGGAAAGUGAAUUGUUGUGAGGGCCACUUCACUGGAAAGUUGCGUGGGCAGACUUCUUUCUGUAGCUCUUUGGUCUUUGGUCCCCUUUGCUGAAAGCUGAUUGGCCACAUUGUUAAAGCAUACAGAGAUGAGUAUCUCAUCAGAAGUUCAUAAGAGUUAUGAAUGUUUAGACCCUCAUCCCUGCAGUGCUGUUUCAUUACAAACACAUGCACUGAC